GUCAUUUAACGUUCACUUGAAAAGAGUGAAAGAAAGAAUUCAUAAUCAGUAGAGACACAUUUUUUCUUCAAGCUUUUAACAGAGAAUUAGGAACAAUGGAGGUUUUUGUUUUGUUUUUUAAAGAAACCUUCAGUGCUAGAAAGCAUUGCCCCAAAGCUGGUGAGGUUGGUGGUUUCUAGUCAAACCCAAACCCUAAUGUUUAACUCAUUGAGAAGUACAGUAUACAACAAUGGUUUUCAAAGCUUACACUGGCAAAGAAAUGACACAGGAAGAAUUUUUCCCUCCUCUUAAAGCAGCCUUAUAAUUAUAAAUUAAUCCCUAAAGAUAUUAUGGUGACUUCGAUGAGUUAAUGAGUAUCGUAUAACUGCCUGGUUCUCUUAAUUGUCCAAAGGCCAGUUGAUCCUGGAGUGCAUAAAACCUUGACGAAUGCAGAUGCGAAGCAUAGCGGAGAGAGAAAGUGUGAGCGUGAGAGAGAAAGAACUAGAUGCUGUGGUUAACUGUGAAGAUGCCAGAAAAGUUUUUCUAUCUCUUUCGUAUCUUUGUGCUCUUAACUGGCUUCUCAAUUAUUUGCAUGGGAGCCUUUUGCAUUUCCACAGGCUCCUCUUUGUGCAGAUGUGGGAAUAAUCUGCCCAUUGCUUAUUCUCUGUUACCUUUGGGGUUCUUACUCCUUGUGAUUGGGAUUUUUUGGAGCACGUACCAUGAAGUCAGAAAAAACAAAAACCUGUUCUAUAUUUUCCAGAGAAAUCCCAGCCAUAGAGAAAUGCACAUCAACACCAUAGACAGGCCUGAUUUCUACCCUCCGUGCUAUGAAGAUAGCACUGAUCUGGGAAAGCAGACUUUCCCAAUACCACUCUCCCUUUCAGCAGGAGAGGAAGAGAUCUGCAACAUCCCUCCGCCACUAUAUACUGAAAGCAGCAUGGAAUUCAUAGAUGAAACCAGUCUUCAGGAGGAACAACCACCAUCAUACGAAAUGUCUGUGCAGCAGCAGCAGCAGCAGCCAACAGCCGAGCAUGACUCAAAUACAGAAGGAGUCUCAGGCACUUGUAUGCACCCAUGCCAGGAGUCAGUUGCUAAUAAUAUGAACUAUGAAGGGACUUUAGAGGGACCAAAGCAUGUCAGUUAUUCUGAGACAAAGUCAGUGAUUAAGACACUGAAUGUGAAAAGUGGUGUUGGAAAAGAGAUGGGACAGUGCUAUAUAAUACUACUGUAA